AGCGCCUCUCUCAGUCGUUACUUCCGCUCUUCAAGCAGGAGUCGGGGUGUCCCCCAUUUUUCUCAGUAGGCGGCGGCGGCGGUUUGAGAUGUUCGGCCUCAAGAGAAACGCAGUAAUCGGACUCAACCUCUACUGUGGGGGGGCCGGAUUGGGACCGGGUAGCGGCAGCGGCGCCUCCCCUGAGGGGAGGCGGCUUUUGGCUACGGGAAAGGAGGCCACGGCCGGGCGAGAGGUAGGGGGAGGGGAAGCCGGCGAGGUGAUUGGCGGAAGCGCCGGCCCGAGCCCCCCGGCCACUCUCGCGCCCGACGCCCGGAGGGUCGCGCGGCCCUCGCCCAUUGGCGCCGAGGGCCCCGACGUCACCGCGACCCCCACCAGGCUGCUGUUCUUCGCGCCCACCCGCCGCGCCUCGCCGCCCGAAGAGAUGGAAUCCUCGGCCUCCGACGCCAUCAUGUCUCCCGAAGAGGAGCUGGACGGGUGCGAGCCGGAGCUUCUAGGGAAGCGGCCGUCCGUCCUGCCUUUGCUGGAGUUGGUCGGCGAGGCUAGUAACAGCCCCGGCAAGGACGGCUCACUCCCCUCGACGCCGCCCCCAGCAGAGGAAGAGGAGGACGAGUUGUACCGGCAGUCCCUGGAGAUUAUCUCUCGAUACCUCCAGGAGCAGGCAACCGGCAACAAGGACGCGAAGCCACUGGGCGGGUCUGGGGCCGCCAGCCGGAAGGCGUUAGAGACCCUGCGACGGGUCGGGGACGGUGUGCAACGGAACCACGAAACGGCCUUCCAAGGCAUGCUUCGGAAACUGGACAUCAAAAACGAAGACGAUGUCAAAUCUUUGUCUCGAGUGAUGGUCCAUGUUUUCAGUGACGGAGUAACAAACUGGGGCAGGAUUGUGACUCUCAUUUCUUUUGGUGCCUUUGUGGCCAAACACUUGAAGAGUAUAAACCAAGAAAGCUGCAUCGAACCAUUAGCAGAAAGCAUCACAGAUGUUCUCGUAAGGACAAAACGAGACUGGCUAGUCAAACAAAGAGGCUGGGAUGGGUUUGUGGACUUCUUCCAUGUAGAGGACCUAGAAGGCGGCAUCAGAAAUGUGCUGCUGGCUUUUGCAGGUGUUGCCGGAGUAGGAGCUGGUCUGGCAUAUCUAAUAAGAUAGCCUUUUAAGUGCAAUAAUUGACUCUUAACCAACUCCAGCCACCAAAACCACAUACAUACACGCCUGCUGUGAAAUCAGAUGUAUUUAUGAAGUUGGACUUCAAGCUGUGCAGGCCAUAACCUCCAGGAGUCCUACUCUAGCAAGGGAGAAAAGCAAGCGGCAGGAGGCUUAUGGCUAACAGGAAUAAAUACAUGGGAAAAGUAGUCCCUCUUGAAGAGUCACUGUCUGAAAAGAAGUGAAAGAAGCGGAGUUCAGUUUCAGCAACAGGCAAACUUUGGGAGGCCACGGAGGAGGACUUUUAGAUUUAGUGAAGACGGUAGGGGGGAGAGACUUUAAUAACCUUGCCUAGAACAGGAAAGUGGCCAGUAGCCAGGCUAGUCAUAGAGUUCAUUAAAUAUGCCCACUGAAUCCAUUAACUUCUAUAGUGUUAAAAUAGAAGCACUAACAACGCCAACAGCAUGUGUAAAAUGGAUUUUAAGCUACAAGUAAUAGAACCUAUGACUAGAAGCCUCAACACUGUACAACAGAGUGUAAAGGGAAGCUUUAUCCUCUAUAAUUAGCUUUCCUAGAUGUGCUUCUUGAAUAGAAAGUCCAGUGCUCAGGAUGUUUAUACCUGUUCUACUUUGGCUUGAUUUGAGUGCUUCCUAGUUUAUUAGCCUAGUGUCAUGGCCAAGAAUACUUGACUUAAGGCUCAAUUACAAAUCUGGAAUAUUCUGUUUUUAAGACAAAAGCUUGUAAUCGUCUGUAAAAAUUGUAUAUAUUUUUACAGAACAUCUGUUUGAAAUGUAAAGGGAGAAAAGUCUGAAAUUACCUUAGUUUUUUCAUACCCUUUUGAAAUUUACAACUUCUGUAGUUACGAACCUGUUUCUUAUAGCUUUUUCUAUUCUAAAUUUUGUGCUAGUCAGUUCUAGAUUGUAUACAGAACCAACUGAUGUAAUUGUAUGCAACCUGGUUGUAGUACAACAAUUCUGAUUCAUAACUAUGCAGGCUUUAAUUUUCCUAUCUGAUUUUGGUAAGUAUUUCUUAAAUAGCUGUUUGGGGUUUUUGUUUGUUUUUUUUUUUUUUUAACCUGGGGCCGAGAAAUUGAGGAAUGGAAAUUAAUCCUUUUACUUUGUUACAUGUGGGUUUUCAAUAAUUGAGUCAAGUUUUUAAGGAUUUAUUGGGGGGCGGGGCACACAGGCUGAUGACUUAGAAAUAAUGGGCCCUGAUUGGGCAACUACUCAUUUGAGUUCUUUCCAUUUGUCUUAAUUUAACUGGUGAAAUUUUAACUGAGUUCAUGAGCUCAUCUUCAAAGCUUUUGCUAAAAGAUUUUCAGCUGUUCCAAAUGGGACUUAUUAGGAGUAUGUAUAAAAAGAUCACAUUGGGUGGAUGAGAGACAUUUGAUCCCUUGUUUGCUUAAUAAAUUGUACAAUGAUGGCUUGGAAAAGCAGGCUAUAGUCUAACCAUGGUGCUAUUACUAGGCUUGCUUGUUAAACACAGGUCUAAGCCUAGUGAGUUAAUAAAACAAAUACUUACUUCAUUUCUAUUAA